AUGCCUGCCAUGUCCCCCACCAUGACGGAAGGCAACAUUUCAGCAUGGAAGGUCAAGGAGGGCGAAUCAUUCUCCACCGGGGACGUCAUUCUGGAAAUCGAGACCGAUAAAGCUUCGAUGGAUGUUGAGGCUCAGGACGACGGCGUCGUGGCUAAAAUCUUUGCAGAAGAUGGUUCGAAGGCAGUCAAAGUGGGAACAAGAAUAGCUGUCCUCGCAGACCCAGGGGACGACAUUUCGAAUCUGGAGAUUCCACCUGACGAUUCUCAGCCUGUUCAGUCCGAAGCGGACAACGUCAAAGGCGGGGAAGAUUCAAAGUACGAGUCCUCCGGCGUCGAGAAAGAGAUCAAAGGCACCCCUCAGAACAAGAGACCGGCAGAGGAUAAACCCACCACAAGUCCGAGCGGUCCGGGUCAAAAUCCCAAAUACCCUCUGUAUCCUUCUGUCAUCACCCUUGUUCACGAGAACCAUAUAUCCGACGAAGAGGUAGCGAAGAUCCCCGCCACUGGGCCCAAUGGCCGCCUCUUGAAAGGCGAUGUUCUCGCCUACCUAGGUACAAUUGACUCCGACUACACUGCCAAGCUCGCCAAACGAAUUGGAGACCUUGAGCACCUUGAUCUAAGCGGUAUCAAGAUAUUGCAACCGGCCGCUCAACCUACCGCCGCCACGGCUACGACGAUACCUCCAGCGCCAGAACCUCUCAAAACCAGCAGCGUCAGCCUGACCAUUUCUCUAGCAGAAGUGCUGAAGGUGCAACAACGCAUCCAAGACACUCUGGGCGUGACAGUCCCCCUCUCAACAUUUCUUGCACGUGCCGUUGACCUGGCCAACGACGACCUUCCGAGACCGAAGGGCCAGAAAUCCUCUGCCGACGACCUCUUUAAUGCCGUGUUGGGACUGGACACCGUCCCCACGACGUCCAGGGGCGCCUACCUUCCCCAAAUCGAUGCUCUUCCCGCCCGCUCGAGUACGAAGUCUCCUCCGCGACCUUCGGCAAAGAAGCCUGACAUCAUCGACAUUCUAUCUGGGAAAGCCGUGCCUGAGCGGUCUGCACGCAGGCCGUCGUCGUCGGGUAACAAGCUGUCUACCGCAGACGGUGCCCUGAACGUCUUUAGUCUGGCUGUGCCAGUGGGCGAGGAGAAGCGGGCACGUACAUUUCUGGAACGUGUGAAGACGGUGUUGCAGGUGGAGCCUGGAAAGCUGAUCUUCUGA